AUGAAUACAAACUUCAUUUAUGUUGUUCUAUACUUUGGCGUGUGCAUUUUAAAUCAACGAUUAGCACUUUGUGGACAACAAUGCCGUUGUCUUGCAAGUAAUUCUUCAUGUUGGCCAAGCUUUGCCCAAUGGAAUAAUUUCAACCAAUCGGUUGGUGGAUGUCUUUUUAGCCCAAUGCCAUCAGCUGCCGUAUGUAACGGAAUAACAUACAAUGCCAAUCGUUGCAAUAUAACGAAAAUUUACUGGUCGGACGGAUUUUGGCGUAGUAAUCAAGCUGGUGCAAUGCAAAAUUAUAAUUGGGAAAAUACUUCGUGUUCAAUUACUACGAACAGUACGAUGUGUAAUCAAGGUGCUGUACCUGUGAUGGCUGUCAAUGCCACACUACCCGAACAGGUUCAAGCAACGGUAAACUUCGCUGCUGCGAACAAUAUUCGAUUAGUCAUCAAGAGUACAGGACACGAUUAUCUAGGUCGAUCUGCCGCAGCUGGAUCUCUACUUCUAUGGGUUCAUUAUAUGAAAAACAUGACUAUUAUUAAUCAGUAUUCAUGGUGUGGCCGCGAAAAUAUAUCGAAUGCUGCUCGUAUAGGUGCAGGCGCCCAAUGGGGUGAAGUUUACGAAUGGCUGGAUGGCUUCAAUUUGACUGCAGUAGGAGGGGCAUCAGCGUCAGUCAGCGCCGUUGGCGGUUAUCUACAAGGUGGUGGACAUAGUCCAUUAUCACGUUGGAAAGGUCUAGCUGCCGAUCAAGUACUGGAAUAUGAUGUUAUACUGGCAAGUGGCGCGCGCCAAACAGUAAGCCCAUGUCAAAACGGCAAUCUAUUUUGGGCAUUAAGUGGCGGCGGUGGCGGUACUUAUGCGGUUGUACUUUCGGCAGUUAUAAGAACUUUUCCAUCUCCAUACAUCGUUGCUGCUACAUAUGGAGUCACUGUGCCAAAUCAAACUCGUUAUGCAACACUCAUCGACAGCUUUGUUCGAUUAUUAUCAACAGUAGCCGAUGCCGGGUGGUCUGGUUAUUUCCAAAUGACAGAUCUAACUUUGACUGGCAUAUUUAUCGUACCUAAUGGAAAUAUGCAAGCAGUCAACACUACACUUAAUCAAUUCGCAGCAAACAAUAGCGAUUUAGACUUUGGAGGCUCCGCUUUUUUUACGCUCCCAUCAUUUUUUUACUUUUUUGCUAUGGCACUAGCACCGAAUAAUCCUACCGGCUUUGAUGUCUUACUUGGCUCACGACUUAUUCCUGAAAGUAUAAUUCGCAAUUACCCAAGUCAAGUCGCAAGCGUGUUUGUUCAAGCGAAGGGUGUAUCUGCAAUGGGAUCGAGUCUUCUAGGGCAUUUAGUUGCCGGUGGGCAAGUAUCUAAUGUAUCAAAUUUUAAUAAUAGUGUCAACCCAGGAUGGCGUAGUUCGCUUCUUCAUAUGGUCUGUACUCAAUCUUGGUUAGAUACUACAGCUGCGACUGAUAUAAACUAUGUGAUACAACUACUCGCAAAUCGAACAGCCAUGCUGAAUACAUUAUCAGCAACUCCACAGGGAAGUUGCUACCUGAAUGAAGCUAAUCCUAAUGAACUGAAUUGGCAAGAAACGUUUUUCGGUAGUAGCGCUAUUUACGCUCAAUUGAAAUCAAUCAAAAAUACAGUUGAUCCGAAUGGAUUGUUCGUUUGUAAUAAUUGCGUUGGCAGCGACGAUUGGACAUCGAAUCUAAAUUGUCCGAAGAUUUCAAGUUCAACAACAAAAGUCAAUUAUUCAUUAUUUAUCUUAUUCAUAGCAAUCAUUACAAUAUCAUUCUAA